CUCUUGCACGCCCGCCAGAACACACUCCUCGCCCCGUGCAGUCCGCCCUCCAAGUGCAGCCAGAAGCUGCCCCGACCUCGCCCGCGUCUCCCACAGCACAGCGCCUACACCCACGGCAAUCAUGGCCGGAUGGUUUGGCGGCUCGGCCAACAGCGCGCUCGACGAGCAGAUCGAGCGCGCAACCACCUCGAGCCUGGAAGACAUGCCGCUCAACCUCGAGAUCUCCGACGUCAUUCGCUCCAAGACGGUGCAGCCUAAAGACGCCAUGCGCGCGCUCAAGCGGAGAAUAGGGCACAAGAACCCCAACGUCCAGCUUGCCGCCCUGAACCUCACAGACACAUGCGUCAAGAACGGUGGCGUCCACUUCAUACAGGAGAUAGCCUCACGCGAGUUCCUCGACAACAUGACCUCGCUGCUCAAGGCGCCCUCGAACGUUGCGCCAAACCACGACGUGAAGAACAAGAUGUUGGAGCUGAUACAGUUAUGGGCAACCGCCGCUGAGGGUCGCAUGAAUCUGAGCUAUAUGGGGGACGUGUACCGCACACUGCAGCGAGAAGGCUUCCAGUUUCCUCCCAGGGAGCACAUCGCCAGCAGCAUGUUGGACAGCAGCGCACCUCCAGAAUGGACAGACUCCGACGUCUGCAUGCGGUGUCGAACUGCCUUCACCUUCACAAACCGCAAGCACCAUUGCCGUAACUGCGGAAACGUCUUCUGCGGAGCUUGUUCGAGCAAAAGCAUACCGCUCCCUCAUCUCGGCAUCAUGGAGCCUGUGCGCGUCGACGAUGGCUGCCACGAAAAGCUUACAGAGAAAUCUCGUGGCCCACCUAUGCCCAACAUCUUCACGUCCCCUAAACUCACAAAAACACUCUACCAAGGCUCUAUGGAGCCAAGAAGUGCGCGAGUCGAGGACAGCUUUGACGCAGACCUGAAGCGCGCGUUGGAGAUGAGUCUAGAAGAAACAAAGGGGAAUAGCUCCUCAGGGUUCGUGCCGCAGUCACAAAUACGUCCGCAAGCAAAACCCGCCACCAACGGCAAGGCGAAGCAGGAGCCUGAGGAAGAGGAGGAUGCUGACCUCAAGGCUGCCAUUGCAGCUUCUUUGGCCGACAUGGAGGAGCAGAAGAGCAGGUACACCACAACAUUCCGCCAACAGACCACCAGCUCGAACGGGACGUCUUUUGUUGCGCCCAAGAACGACUACGAACUCACUCCAGUCGAGGCGGAGAAUAUCAAUCUUUUCUCGACUCUGGUCGACAGACUGCAACACCAAGCUCCAGGGACUAUCCUACGAGAACCCCAGAUACAGGAGCUAUAUGAAAGUAUCGGAAAGCUGCGACCAAAACUUGCUCGUACCUAUGGCGAGACGAUGAGCAAGCAUGACACUCUCCUCGACCUACACGCUAAGCUCUCCACCGUUGUCCGAUACUACGACCGAAUGCUCGAAGAAAGACUGUCUAGCACCUACAACCAAGCCGGCGCCGCUGCAUACGGUCUUCCACCGCCCAUGCAAAGGCCCGCAUCCAACCUCUACCCCAGCAUCCAAUCCAGUGCUCCCGACGGCAGCGAAAACUACUACACGGCAAACACAGCGCAAUCAGACGCAUACGGACGACCGCAACCACACUACCCCAGCGCCUACCAGUCAACGCCCCAACCGUCAUACGCCCGCGCAUCCGUCCCACCACCAUCCUGCGCCCCACCAGACCAAUACCAGCAGCCAUCACAGCCGUACCCGAACCUAGCCCAACAUCACACCGCCACAGCACGCCCGCCCAGCACAGUCUAUCAAAAACCCGCUUCCCCCCAACUCCAACGCAGAGUAUCCAAUCAGCAAUAUCCCCCGCAAUCUUACCCGCCACAAGCACCACCCGCCAACGUAUCAGACGCCGAGAGCGCGAGUUUCUACUAUGGAGAAAAUACCCCGGUGCCACAACAACAGCAACAACAACCGGCUCAACAGCAACAACAACACUUCGCUCCCCAACAACCCGCGUCCCCUGACCCGUACGCCCAUGCUCCCCCCGUCUCGCCCCCCACACAGCCCGUAAACGCGUGGUACACUCCGGGGUAUCAGCCGCCGCAGUCACAGCCUCAGCCGCAACAGCAACAGCAACAGCAACAACCACCUCAGCAACAGCAGCAGCAGUGGCAACAACAACCCCCGCAGCAACAACAACAGCAGCAACAGCAACAACCCGCCCCAUGGCAGCCCGCACCCUAUGCAACCGGCGGCUACGGACCAGAGAGUUUCCCCAGCGCGCCGCAGAAUAUGCUGCCCGCGCAGCAGCAGAAGGUUGUGGAUGAGCCGUUGAUUGAUUUGUAGCCUAUAUUCUUUUUUUUGUAGAGGUGGGGUGGGGAGGGGUGGUUGGUUGUUUGCGGGUGGAUGGAUGGGGAUAUGGACGUGGAAAUUAGUGGAAAGGAAUGGGAGCAGAAGAGUCGAGAGGAAGUGAAAGAAGAGAAGAAGAGAGAAUGAUACCAUUUACUUGCUUGCUUGUCUUGACAUUUCACUUCACCAUUAGAAACGAACAAACGAACGAACGAAUUCGUAACGUAUCUUGCUUUGCCAUGAUAUACAUACGCACUACAUACAUACAUAGCUCAAAUAACUAAAUAGACAAUACCUGCUCAGCC